UUUUUUUUGGGUUUGGUGUUUUAAAUAAAUUUGUUUUUCGGCUUUUCCGCUUUUAUUUCUUUUGGCGCGGUAGUGGUAAUUUGCAAUUUCUUAAAAUCGAACGGAUACUUUUGUUUUGGUAGAUCAUCGGAAUACCGGAUACGCAAUGAUUAAUCACGACAUUCUCUUUGAAAAAUUUUGCGAGCACCGCAAGGUUCACGAAAGUUUUAUGCAACUCUUUGGUACCUUAUAUGAAACAAUUAUAAAAAUGCAAGCUCUAACAACAGAUGUUAGUCGACAUUAUCAUGAUAUCUUCGAGCAGUUAAAAAUGCAUCAUCAAACUCCACCUGUUGCAUCUCAGAAAAAGCGCAAAGCUAAUUCUAUUGAUUCACCCACAAAUUUCGUCCGUACGGUAGACGAGCCAUCAACUGUACGCAAUAAAUCUGACCCGGAGAUUUCCAGUUCAAUUCUAAAUCAAAAUAUUGAGCUACCGGAUUCAGAUGAAACAUUCUUUGCACUUACACAGACACCAACGAGAUAUCCUUUGUCGCCGAAAGGAUCAGCGGAUAAUGAUAACAUCCAGCAUACACCAUCAAGAAAGCAUUGGAUUAAAACUGACCUCUGUGAUACAUCUGCUAAAGGAGACCAGAAACCUUCGGAGUCUGAUAAGAAGAAAAAGAAGCACAAUUUAUCGCUUAGUAGAUUUUCUUCCGCUUUUCAAACAUCUCCAGAAACAAGUAAGCAAAUCCACCAGCUUCCCGUAAGGACAAAGAUGAUUACACCGCAGAGAACAACUACGGAACUGCAGGAAAAUUUGGCUCCUACUGGAAAAUGGACUAUCAAAAAAGGUACUCCUGGUACAAUAAGUGGAAUAGAAUCCAACACAAAGCGAACUCCUACGAGUACUGGAAAGAAUGGUUCGCUUUUGAAUCGAACUAGGUUGCGUCAAACUAAGCUGCGUUUUCCUGACAACUUGAAUAAGUCAGAUACCGAUGGCGAUGAGACCUAUUUCGAUGAAUUUGUCGUUCCGAGUCCCACUUCCUUUAGUGGUUCGCGUUUUCUUAAAAGCGUCAAAAAACGAGAACAAUCUUCACUGAUUGUUGAACCAAAAGCAAUAAAGAAUCAAAAACAACCAGAUUCUUCCGAAGAUGAUGUUUUUGAUAACGAUCAGACAUAUUUCUCGGAGGCAGAAAAAUGUUUGACUCGGCAAACAUGUUUUCCAUCUCGAGUGAAAAAGGAAAAUUUUCCUCCAAAGACGAGUCCUGCAGUUGCCAUAGAUCCGGUUUUAGCCAAAGAAACUGAACAGAACGAUGCCAUCGAUGGAGACACAAGUAGUGUCCUAUUCGUAAAGCCCCCAUCGGCGGAGGUGAUUGUCAUCGAGGAGACGCAACCAAGCAAGAAAGAUCUAUUUAUGGAGGCGAUUCAUGAGCAACGCCGCAAGCAAGAGCAAUCGCGCCAAUCCGUGCUGAACGUAAUGGCCCCAACACCGUCGGAAUUACUGCAGACUGCUUUCCCCAAGAAGGCUAAGUCGCCAACGGCUUCCAAGCAACCACUGGGAGAGCGUCGUUGUGAUGAGUGCACUAAGCACUAUGAUUUUCUGGUACAUUGUGGCCUACCGGCGGAUGUGAUACGUUCGAAAAUGGCGCGAAACUGCCGUGAGUGCCGAAAUGUACAAUUGCACGAGACACCGGUCGGUUUCUGGAACCCGGAAUUUUCGCCAACGCAAAACUAGAUGCGAGGCUUGCUGAAUUAUUAAUUCGUUUAACGGUAAGUAAUUACUUUGUUACAGCUAUUUAAUUGAUAAGGAAUAUUGGGGUACGUUUGAACAUAAAUGUAAAUUUUUCAACGAUACCUGAAAUAGUAAUUUGAUAAAAAAAUGGCUUAGUAAAUGUUAUUUGUGAAGAACUUAAAGAAAAUACAAGCAAAUCACUCUAUAUCGUUUACGUAA